UGGAAGAGGCCGUGGACGAGGGACUGGACACUACGGGCGGGCGGACGGAAGGACGGAGGACAGAGAGCACUGCCAUGCCUGUGGGUCUGCUGGCGUUUCUGUGUGUCCUCGCCACGGGUCGGGCAGUGGAAGAGACAUUAAUGGACACCCGCACAGCCACGGCAGAGCUGGGCUGGACAGCCUACCCAUCUUCAGGGUGGGAGGAAGUUAGUGGGUAUGAUGAGAACCUGAACACCAUCCGUACCUACCAGGUGUGCAAUGUCUUCGAACCCAGUCAGAACAACUGGCUGCUGACCACCUUUAUUGAGCGCCGUGGUGCCCAGCGUAUCUACAUAGAGAUACGCUUCACUGUACGUGACUGCAGCAGCAUCCCCAGUGUGCCAGGCUCCUGCAAGGAGACCUUCAACCUUUACUACUAUGAGACAGACUCAGCCAUCACCAUCAAGGGCUCAGCCUUCUGGAUGGAAGCCCCUUUCCUGAAGGUGGACACCAUCGCUGCCGAUGAGAGCUUUUCACAGGUGGACUUUGGUGGGCGCCUAAUGAAGGUGAACACAGAGGUGCGCAGCUUUGGGCCACUCUCCCGCUCUGGGUUCUACCUGGCCUUUCAGGACUAUGGUGCCUGCAUGUCAUUACUCUCUGUCCGUGUCUUCUACAAACGCUGCCCCAGUGUGGUGCAAAACUUUGCCAUCUUCUCCGAGACUAUGACAGGUGCUGAGAGCACGUCGUUGGUCAUUGCCCGUGGCAUCUGCAUUCCCAAUUCAGAGGAGGUAGACGUGCCCAUCAAGUUGUACUGCAAUGGUGAUGGCGAGUGGAUGGUGCCCAUUGGCAGCUGCUCUUGCAAGGCUGGAUAUGAAGCAGACAACGGGAACAUGUGUCAAGCUUGUCCACCUGGGACAUACAAGUCGAGCCAAGGCAGGGGACUGUGUGUACGAUGCCCACUCCACAGCCGCUCCACCACGGAGGCCGCCAUCACCUGUGCCUGCCGCAAUGGCUACUACCGUGGGGACUCAGACCAGCCAGACGCACCCUGUACCAGUGUCCCGUCCAGCCCACUCAACGUCAUCUCCGUUGUCAAUAAGACGUCAGUGACACUGGAGUGGCAACCACCGCGGGAAACAGGUGGCCGGGAAGAUGUGAUGUAUAAUAUAAUGUGCAGGAAGUGCCACUCCACCCAAAGAGUGUGCUCACCUUGUGAUGACAAUGUGGAGUUCGUCCCUCGGCAGCUGGGUUUCACGGAGACGCAUGUGUUUAUCAGCAACCUAUUAGCACACACGCUCUACACCUUUGAGAUUCAAGCAGUUAAUGGUGUCACCAGCAAGAGCCCCUACCCUCCUCAACAUGUUUCCAUUGACAUCACGACCAACCAGGCUGCUCCUUCCAUGAUUCACACCAUGCAUCAGGUUACUUCCACCAUGAAGAGCAUUACGCUUUCGUGGCCACAGCCUGAGCAACCUAACGGUAUCAUCUUGGACUAUGAGCUGCGCUACCAUGAGAAGGACCACAGCGAGUCCAACGCAUCGGUGGUAAAGACCCAAACCAACACAGCAUACCUUGAGAAUCUUCGUCCAGGUACUGUGUAUGUGGUGCAGGUGAGAGCCCGCACCGUGGCUGGCUUCGGCAAAUACAGUGGCAAGCUCUUCUUCCAGACCCUCACCUAUGAAGACUACAAGUCUGAAUUCAGAGAGAAGCUGCCUCUCGUCAUUGGUUCUGCCGUGGCCGGCGUAGUCUGCAUUGUCUCCCUGGUGGCCAUUUGCAUUGUGUGCAGCAGGAAGCGAGUGUACACCAAGGAGGCCAUUUACACUGACAAGCUGCAGCACUACAGCACUGGUCGUGCCUCUCCUGGGAUGAAGAUCUACAUUGACCCCUUCACCUAUGAGGACCCCAAUGAGGCAGUCCGUGAAUUUGCCAAGGAGAUUGAUGUCUCCUCUGUAAAGAUUGAGGAGGUCAUUGGGGCAGGAGAGUUUGGAGAGGUGUACAAGGGCCAUCUAAAGCUUCCUGGGAAGCGUGAGGUCUGUGUAGCCAUCAAGACUCUGAAGGCAGGCUACACUGACAAGCAGAGACAGGACUUUCUCAGUGAAGCUAGCAUCAUGGGCCAGUUUGACCACCCUAACAUUAUUCACCUAGAGGGCGUGGUCACAAAGAGCCGUCCUGUCAUGAUUGUCACAGAGUUCAUGGAGAACGGUGCUCUGGACUCCUUUCUUAGGCAAAAUGAUGGACAGUUCACUGUCAUCCAGCUGGUUGGCUUGCUGCGUGGCAUUGCCUCAGGUAUGAAGUACCUGUCAGAGAUGAAUUAUGUGCACCGUGACCUUGCCGCCAGAAACAUCUUAGUGAACAGCAAUUUGGUGUGCAAGGUGUCCGACUUUGGCUUGUCACGGUACCUGCAGGAUGAUACAUCUGACCCAACCUACACCAGUUCUUUGGGGGGGAAAAUCCCAGUGCGGUGGACUGCUCCAGAAGCCAUUACCUACAGGAAGUUCACAUCCGCCAGCGAUGUAUGGAGUUAUGGCAUUGUCAUCUGGGAGGUGAUGUCAUUUGGCGAGCGACCGUACUGGGACAUGAGCAACCAGGAUGUGAUCAAUGCUAUAGAACAGGACUACCGACUUCCACCACCCAUGGAAUGCCCCACCACCUUGCACCAGCUCAUGCUGGACUGCUGGCAGAAAGAGCGCAGCACACGGCCCCGCUUUACUGACAUUGUCAACAUAUUGGACAAACUCAUCCGCAACCCCAGCAGUUUGAAGACUCUGUCCACCGUCCCACCGGUGCCUUCAAAGCCCCUGCUGGACCACUCUGUGCCUGACGUCAAUGGUUUUAUGUCAGUAGAGGACUGGUUGAGUGCCAUAAAGAUGAACCAAUACAGAGAAAACUUCUUGGGUAGCAGCUUUAGUUCCCUACAACUGGUGGCUCAGAUGACCUCUGAGGACCUUCGGGGGUUAGGUGUGACUCUGUCAGGGCACCAGCAAAAGAUCCUCCACAGCAUCCAGGCCUUGAGACUUCCCACUUCGACAGCAUGACUAGAGGGGGUGUUCUGCCCUGUGGGUUGCAGGAGCCCCCUGAGGACUUCUAAAAGAAGGCAGUACAGCAGGGUUGAGCAUAUCGUCCUGGUCUGACUGCCGCUCUAACCCAUAUGGAUGGCUUCCACCCCUUCCUCUCCCAGGGGGGACUGAUCAACAGAAUGGAACAAUGCAGGCAAACACACAAAGGAAAUAAAAUAUUCUUCUGUUCAACAACAGAAACACAGACGCAAAAGAUACAAGAAUUUGUAAAUAUUUUGGUGAUGGUAUGAAGUACUACUGAUACCAAGGCUAUAGAGUAACCCAUCAUUUUGGGUUUGGUCCUCUUUUUGAUGGACUUCUUCCAUCAGGAUGAAACUUUUUUCUGUGUGUCUGUAUUCUUAUCAGUAGUUGCUUCUUCCUGGUGAUAGUGCAACCUGAUGGAGCCCAAGUGAAUGGAAUCAAAGAUAUAAAUAUCUAUAUAUCUUCACAUUGAAGGUGUUAUGUAAUUAUGUAUGUGUUCCCUGCUUGCAUUUUGGCAAUUC